CUUUGCUUUUGACACCCCGAUGGACCCUGCUUAGGAAGGACUUUUUGGACUCCAGAGGACGGUUCUUCGAGUCACAGGCCCCCUCGGGGCAUGUGGCUAUGGUGCAGUUCUGUCCGGUUGAGUCUGUUCAGACGCAGCUGCGGAGAGAUGGUUUGGUGGCUGUGCAGGACUCUGCUCAGGCAGCAUUCCGGGCAGCCCCAGUUGGGUCCUCCCGGGACCUUCCUGCCUUUGAACAGUGGUGGCGGGCGGACACUCAGUUCCCCGCACGCUUGAGAGCAGGGUCCGCCAUCUCCAUGGCCGCGGCUGCGAGUGGGCCCUGCGCCGGCGGGUCACGGGACAUCCUCUGGCGCGUUUUGGGUUGGAGGAUAGUUACAAGCAUCAUUUGGUCAGUGUUGCUUCUGCCCGUCUGCACGACAACCUUUAUAAUCUUGAACAGCAUAGAUUUAUUCCACCCUGUACAGUGGCUGUCAGAUUCUUUCAAUGACUUAUGUAGUUCGCAAGUAAUCUUUUACCUGCUGCUGCUGUCAGUGGUAAUUAUAGUAAUAAGUAUUUUCAAUGUGGAGUUCUAUACAGUCGUGCCUUCCAUCCCCGGCUCCCGACUGGCCCUCAUCGGGAGGGUCCUUCACCCUCAGCAGCUCAUGCACUCGCUCAUGCAUGCUGCCAUGGGGAUGGCCGUGGCAUGGUGUGCGGCUGUCAUCACCAAGGGCCAGUACAGCUUUCUCGUGGUUCCCUGUACUGCAACUGAGAGCUUCGCUAGCCCGGCUGCCCAAGCCUGCAUGAACGAGUAUCAUCUGUUUUUCCUACUGGCUGGAGCGUUCAUGGGCUAUAGCUAUAGUCUUCUGUACUUCAUUAACAACAUGAAUUACCUCCCGUUUCCCAUUAUACAGCAGUACAAAUUCUUGCGCUUCAGGAGAUCUCUUCUCUUACUAGUUAAACAUAGCUGUGUGGAAUCCCUGUUCAUGGUCAGAAAUUUCUGCAUUGUGUACUAUUUUUUUGGUCAUAUCCCCAAAGCCUGGCUUAGCACCGCUAUGGACCUUCACGUGGACGAGCAGGCUCACAGGCCUCUUGACACACUGGGCGGCCUCCUGAACGUCUCCUUACUCUACCAUGUCUGGCUGUGUGGUGUCUUCCUCCUGAUGACUUGGUACAUCUCAUGGACGCUCUUCAAAAUCUAUGCCACAGAGGCAUAUGUGUUCCCUGUUCAGCCACCAUUUGCGGAAGAAUCCGAUGAAUGCCUCCCGAAAGUCUUAAAUAGCAACCCUCCUCUCAUCAUAAAGUAUUUGGCCUUACAGGACCUGAUGCUGCUUUCUCAAUAUUCUCCUUCUCGAAGGCAAGAAGUUUUUAACCUCAGCCAACCAGGUGGACAUCCCCACAAUUGGACUGCCAUUUCGAGGGAGUGUUUGAGUCUUUUAAAUGAUAUGACUCAGAAGCUGGUUCUCUACCAAGAAGCUGCUGCUACAAAUGGGAGGAUGUCUUCGUCAUACUUGGUGGAACCCAGGAAAGUGCAUUCUCCAGAAGAAACUACUUUUCAGACUCCAAAACCUAGCCAGAUGUCAUCAGUGCCACCGUCAGUUAAAACAUCACUGUUUUCUCCCAAAUUACCCACAUCCUGUGCUUCAAGUCCUCUUGGGACCCCGUUUGGCUCCAGUGUAGUGAAUCGAAUGGCUGGAAUUUUUGAUGUAAAAACCUGCUAUGGGUCUACCCAAAGUCCUCAGCUGCUAAGAAGAGGGCCGCGACUGUGGACUCACGCUUCUGAUCAGCAAAUAUCUGAAAUUUCUAAUCCGUCUCCUUGUACCCCUGUUACUGCUGAGGGUGAGGCAGUGAGACGGCCCAGUGUGCUUUACUCAUGGACUCAGAGUAAACUUGAACAGAUAAAGAAUUUCUUGUCAAAACGGGUGCUGAUAAUGUACUUUUUCAGUAAGCACCCAGAGGCCUCUAUUCAGGCUGUUUUUUCAGAUGCCCAAAUGCAUAUUUGGGCUUUAGAAGGUCUGUCUCACUUAGUAGCAGCAUCAUUUACAGAAGAUAGAUUUGGAGUUGUUCAGACCACACUCCCAGCUAUCCUUAGGACUUUGUUGACCCUGCAGGAGGCUGUUGACAAGUAUUUCAAGCUGCCUCAUGCUUCUAGUAAACCGCCCCGAACUUCAGGAAGCCUUGUGGACACAUCCUACAAAACAUUAAGAUUUGCCUUCAGGGCCUCACUGAAAACCGCUAUCUACCGCAUAGCUACCACGUUUGGUGACCAUCUGAAUGCUGUGCAAGCAUCUGCAGAACAUCAGAAAAGACUUCAACAGUUCUUGGAGUUCAAAGAAUAGUUAAGUAAUAUAAACUGUGUUCAUUACCCUGCUGAUACAGCUGCAGAUGGGACAGUAAAUGUUCAGCAUUCUUGGAUCAGAAGAAAAUGGACUAAUUAGAUGCUUCCUUUGUCGUGGUGCUUGCUUUGAAAACUAUACUUUAAUGGGAGAAAUCAUGGAAAGAAAUUCUCAGCAGAAUAACCGAAAACUGCCUUUUCUGUACCGAAUGCUUUGUGUGUGUGUGGGAUAAUAAAAUCUUUAUUCAGUUUUACAGGAGCAUCUAUGGCAGCCAAACUGUCUCUUGCUCGUAUAACUUGAUAAUAAUGACUCACAAUUUUUUUUUAGAAUUUGCUUUUGAAAAGAGUGGAGCCAGCUCAGCAGUUAAAGUAGGGUGACUUGAUACAGUCUUUCCUAAUCGCUCUUAAGAGGUUAGCUCUUUGUAAACUCAAAAUAUAUAAACUUAAGAUUAGUUUGUUUACUAAAGGAUAAAAAUGGUAACAGCGGAGAAAAAUUCACAGUAAAAAUAUUGUCUACAGGACAUAUUUUGUUAAUCUGUUAGGUUGUGUUUUUGUUUCCAGGGACAAAUUAAAUUUGCAUGAUUGUCCAAAAAGAGUCUCGAUUUACAGAUGCUAACUCUAUAUAAAGGAAUGUGGAAAAACUGAGAUCUUAAGUUACACGAUUAAACAUUCACAUUUGGUUUUUGAAAAAUAAUUGAGCAACGUCUGUGAAUUCAUUUUGUAUCAUGCUAGUAGAGGAUGAGAUUGUGGCCGUUUCCCAGCCAGUUUUGCUUUCUUUUUUGAAGCAGCAUUAAGCAAUUGGCUGAGGUUUUCAACUGAGGGGAAGGUUUUGUAAGAGGACCUGGGAGCUUCCCGGUCCCUACUGUUUGUCUCUGCAAACAGAUCAAAUUGUGCCGAGAGUCCAGGCUGUCUUCACCCUGGAAGCAGCCUCUGCUGUGCUAACUGGCUAAUUCAAAUAUAAUAGGACAGUCUUUAGAGCCAGAAACACAGUCAUCAAACAGCAAGUGAAGCCAGGAUGCCAGAGGCGUCACUGUACUCAGGAGCAUGGACGUCCCAAGUGGACAUGUGGUCAUUUUAUGACUUAUUAGAUCAUUUCUUUGGAGAUGAAACAUUGGAGGUCCUGCUGGCAGAUACUCAUUGGAUGAGCUCUGGACCAAAUCCUCCUUCAUAAAUCUUUUCCUGUUAUCUUUUCCCUCUAGCAUCCCCCCC